CUUUGCCUAACAGACGCAGACAAGGAAUGAAAACGGCGCCACAUCUACACUCCUGCAAAAUUCCUGCCCAUUUGGAUGCGACUCUGGUCACAUGGGAAAACAAUGAGGUUGUCUCAGUCGCCUGCAAACUCCCUUACGUUCUGAGAGGCGAAGCGAGAGCUGUUUGUCUUGCACACAGCGAAUGGGAGAAACCAUUUCCCGAAUGUGUUCUCCCGGCACCUACAAACAUUUCCAACGAACACGGGAACGUGAGCAUGCAGUCCGCCAAGCCCGUUCUUGAACAAACUACUGAAGUACCACGCCUGAAAGAACCUUCAAACCAAAAAUGUAAGGUUUCGCCAAUUGAGAACGCAGUUUAUCGAAGCAACGUGAAUAUCAGCUCUCCCGAGAUACAACUCGAUAAACAGUUUGCCAACGGCACCUCCAUUUACUUCCACUGUCGCGGUGAUCGAACAAGUUACAGAAUACGUUGCUUGGAAGGUUUCUGGAAACCGGCUCCAAGCUGUCUUCCAGGUAACGGUGUAAAAUUUACUUUCGCAAAAGGUUGA